AUGUAACUUAGAAAAGAGAGAAUACAUUAUCAUGGAAAAACUAAUAAAGACAUUAAGUAUAUAAUAAAAAUAAAUGUGUAGACAAAUAUAAAAGUUUAUAGAGAGUGUAGAUUUAUCUGAUAUGGAGAGACCAAGAAUAUAAUCAUUAAACAGUUCAAAUAAGAAGAACUUUCCUCAAUUAUUAGAGAGUCGAAGAAAAAUGGUAUCAAGUUUUGUAGAUCCUAUUGCUGAGACGACGAACUUUACAAAAAAGAAAUAUGAACAACAUUAAAUUGGUUAUCCUAGAUAAGCACAUUUAGAAGAAAAAUAGUUAAGAAAAAGGGCAUAUUGUGGUGAUUCAAACACUUUGUAUAAUAGGAAAGAGAUUUCAAAGUUUGUGGAUAAAGAUGAAGAGUAAUAUUCAGGAGAUAAAACUAAAAAAUUGGUAAAUCAAAAGAUUGAAGAGAAUGCAAAAGGAAUUUAAGAAACACAAUUAGUAGGAUUAGAAAAUAAAGUUACAUUAGAAGGAAAGGUAGAUCUUGAGAAAGUGAGAGAUAUUAAAAGAUCUAUAAGAAGAAGAUAUGCUAAUAGGAAAAACUUUUAGAAGAUAUUUAAUUCAUGGGACGAAGAUGCAAAUGGAGCGAUAAGUGUUAAGAACUUAUACAAUAUGAUUAAUAAAAUGGGAAUCAAUAUUAAUUAAGAUGAAGCAAAAGUAUUAUUAGCUAGUGCAGAUAAAGAUGGUUCAAAUGAUUUAGGAAUGGAUGAAUUUAUGGAUCUUAUAUUCAAUGAUAAAGAUAUUUUGAAUAUUGAUUUAAAAUAAUUAGAUGAAGAUAAAAAUAAUACUAUUAAUAUUUUAAUUUAGGAUGCUUAAUAAGCUUAUCAAAGAAAACAUCAUAAUUAAAUCAAUAUUAUGCUUAAAAAUAGGGUAUUUCAUCACAUUAAUUAUAUUUUAGUAAAUUAAAUUAGGUUAAUGGUUGUUAGAAGCUGAUGAAAAUCAAGUAGGUUAUUUAAGUUAGAAGAAAUUUGAAGAAGUGAUCAAGAAAUUGAGAAUUGAUGAUAAAAUCUUAAGUAAUGAAGAUAUUAAAGAGUUGACUAAUAAUUUUAUAUAAGAUAAUCAAUCUGUUGAUUACAAAUAAUUUAUUAAUCAUUUAAAAUAGUUUUAAUUAAAAGAAGAAGCUUAUGUAAAUAUAUUAUAGCUAUUGAACAGGAUGACCCAUAUGCUAUUAAGGAAUAGGUUCAUUUGAUUAAACAUAAAUAAGUAUAAAAAUAGAAGUAUUAUGUAUAAUAUAUAAUUAGAAUUAAUACAUUUGAUCCCACAAAAGUAAAUGGAUGGCAUUUAGAAAGAAUGAGAUAUAGAGCUAACAAUAUGAUUAAUAAAUUAAAGAAGUAUCUACCUGAAAAGGAGAAUUUUCAAGAUUAUUUGCAUGAAAAGCUUAAGGGUGACUCCAUCAGUCAAAAAGACUUUAAUCAAAUUGUCAUUCAAUUUCUAAAUAGUGUUAAUGAAACUCAUCAUUAAUUUGAUAUUGAGUCGUUACUUAGUGUUAUCUAAUUCAAUCAAUAUAAAACAUAAUCGAAAAAUGAAGUUCUAAGAAUUCUUUAUGAGUAAUACAUAUUUUAUUUACUCUUAGUGAAAAUGAUGAUGAAUUUUUUGAAAGAGCUUAAUAAUAGAUUAGAUAACCUCCUCCUCCAUAAGAAAAAGCUAUCUUACAAACUUUGAAGCUUAAUGAUAUUCCAGAUGAUCAAUAAGAUAAUACCUAAAUGUAUUACAAUAAAGAAUAUGGAUUGUCAAUGAAUUUACCGAAUAUUAAAAAAUAAGUUUAAGCUGUUUUAAAAAAAGUGGAUGAUACAAUAUUUAAUAAAAGAGAAAGGUAAUUAAAGAUUUUCAAAGAAUUUGAUCUUGAUUAAGAUGGUUAUGUUUCCUAAGUUGAUUUAUAAUAAAGAAUGAAACACAUUUUAACAUAAGAUGAAAUAGGAUUGUUAAUAUAAUAUCUUGAUCCAGAAAAUAAGGGAUUUUCAAAUUUUACAGAAUUUUCAUAAAAAAUUAGAAAUGGUAUGACUAUUCUAGAUGAAAAUGGAACUCAAUUAAUUAAUGUUAAUACAUAACCAAGCAAAACUACAGUAAUAGCAGCUAGUUCAUUUUUACCUGAAUUAUAGAGAUCUAUUGAUGAAUUUAAGAAACCAUUUAUUGCCUUAAAAAAUAAAUCAGAUUAUAAACCUUCAACAAGAUAUGGAGCAACGCCUAAUCUUAAAGAUACAUUUGCAAAUUUAGUUCCUUUAGAAAAAAGUGGUCUAUGGGCAUCUGCUGAAUAAAGAUUCAAUAAAAAUAGAGAAGAGUAUUAGUAGGAAGAGAAGAAAUUAAAAGAAUAUAGAUAAGAAUAAAAAAUGGAAAGAAUAAGAAGUUAUCAAAAAGAAAUAAGGGAUCGAAUUAAAUCAUAAGAUGAUAGAUAUAAAUGA